AUGACCUAUCCGCUCAUCUCGCGUCCAACGACAGCUCAACGGGGCGAAGUUCACUCAACCGGCGUACUCGUCAAUUCCCAGCGCAUGCGCAACUUUCUCCGCUUCUUUCCCAGCGAUACGGCAAACUCUGUGACGAUCCCCCUGACGACCAUUACCAAGCCCACGCCUCCUUCGCAGAUUAAAGGCAACUACGCCUUCGUCACGCUGGGUUGUCCCAAGAACCUCGUCGACAGCGAACGCAUGUUGGGCCUGCUCGAGCUGGACGGAUACCGCCUCGUGCAGAAUCCCGAGGGGGCCGACUUCGUGGUGGUGAACACCUGUGGGUUCAUCGAAUCGGCUCGGGCGGAAUCGCUGGCCACCAUCGACGAAAUGAUCGACCUCAAACGCGAUGGACGCAUCCGCGGGGUGAUCGUCUCGGGUUGCUUGGCAGAACGACAACGCGAGGAACUGCUCGAGUCGCGUCCCGAAAUCGAUCACUUAGUCGGCGUGUUCAGUCGCGACCAGGUGACCAAAGUGGCCGACCGACUCGUCGGCGGGCUGGAUGAGCAGCGAAACAUCUUUCAACCAGCACCCAUCGUGCCACUGCCCGAUCGCGAUCGGAUGCGGGUCACGCCAAAACACUUCGCCUAUCUGAAAAUAUCCGAGGGUUGCGACCGGCUGUGCACCUUCUGCGCAAUCCCCAAGAUGCGCGGCAAGCAUGUGACUAAGCCGAUAGAAGAAGUUCUGGACGAAACCGCCGAGCUGGCCGCCGAUGGAGUCCGCGAACUGAUUGUCGUCGCCCAGGACACAACCUAUUACGGAAUGGAUCGCUACGGCGAGCCCCGCUUGCGAGAACUGCUCACCAAAAUGGAAGAGGUCGAGGGCAUCGACUGGAUUCGUCUGAUGUACCUCUACCCGAUGUAUUUUUCCAACGAUCUCAUUGACCACAUCGCGGCCAGCAAGAAGAUCGUACCUUACCUGGACAUGCCACUUCAGCACAUCAACGACAACAUGUUGCGGAGAAUGUCCCGUCGUGUAACCCGUGCCGAAACCGAGCAACUUGUCGAUCGCUUGCGAAAUACCAUCGAAAACCUGACGCUACGCACGACCUUCAUCGUGGGCUUCCCCGGCGAAACCGAAGAGCAAUUCGAGGAGUUGGUCGACUUUGUGAAGGCCACGCGGUUUGAUCGGCUGGGCGUGUUCCCAUACUCAUACGAGCCCGACACACCGGCUGCCCGACUGCCCGAUCAAAUCGACGAAGAGGUGAAGCAAGCCCGAGUCGAACGCUUGAUGCAGGUCCAGCAGGAGAUCGCCUUCGAACUGGGCCAGGGCCACAUUGGUACUCAGCUCGAAGUGCUGAUCGACCGUAGCGUCGAAGAGCAGCCCGAUGCCUGGGUUGGCCGCACCAUGGCCGAUGCCCCGGAUAUCGACUCCGAGGUUUACGUCACCGGCGAGGGGCUGGCCACCGGGAAAAUGGUACUGUGUGAAGUCGUGGGAACGCAUGGAUACGACCUGAUCGCAGCAGCGAUUGGCCCAGCUCACUGA